AUGACAGAUCCCAGACCGUCCUGCAUGCGUUCGUCAGAACCAUCAACUCCACCUCCCCGGCGGGUAUCUCAGCAAAGUGUCAGGUUUGCGGACGUCGACCAAUACGCACCCCAUAUCCCUAGCCGGCUGCGUGAGACCACGAUUCUCUCCCCAGAAGACAAGAAGGCAAAGUCCAGCUUUGAUGAAAAUACAAGUGACGAAGAGGAGCCGGACCUGCCCCCACCUACCUUGAUGGUCGACGAAAAUACACCUCUCAUUGCUGAGCCGGAGCCUUUGGCAAAUGAAGAGGGGGACAACGUUCAAGGCGAACUUGUCGAACCUUCGGCGCAGUUGUUAAAUGCUCGGAACCACGCACUGGGGAAUUAUCACCACAGCCGUAUCUGUGGCCUGAAGAACUGCGAUCAUGGCACAUUUUCUCCCCGAGCUCCUUCGAUCGAAAGUGAGGGGAGCGGCAAUCUCUCUUUUGGGGGUCGGUACGCCGAUGAGAUUGCCGAGGACGGCGGUCCACGGGAUCCGGUUCGAGGCAUCCUGGGCGAGGCUGUCAGCGACACUCUCACUCCCAGUAAAAGCCUGAGCACGACCAGAUGGCUCGCCGACAGACAUGGGAUUAAGAGCCAUCGCUACAUGUACUUCUCCUACUACUUCCCUUUCGUCAAGUGGAUCAGCCAGUAUCGAUGGAGCUGGUUCCGGGGUGAUCUGAUCGCUGCCCUUACCAUGGCAUCCUUUUACAUUCCCAUGUCCCUCUCAUUCGCUGCAAACCUGGCACAUGUGCCCCCCAUCAAUGGGCUUUAUUCCUUUGUCUUCAACCCGAUGAUCUAUGCGUUCUUGGGCUCGUGUCCGCGGAUGGUCGUCGGACCUGAAGCAGCAGGGUCUUUGCUGGUUGGUCAGGUGAUCAAGACAUGCAUUGACCGAGGAGAAUCCAAUGAUGAUAAUUCCAAGCUCAACGCCGAAAUUGGCGGCCUGGUGACCGCAAUGGCGGGAACCAUCCUUUUCGCCGCCGGCCUGGCUAGACUUGGUUUCCUCGACAGCGUCCUCAGUCGACCUUUUCUUCGAGGCUUUAUUAGCGCGAUCGGAUUUGUCAUUCUCGUUGAUCAGUUGAUUCCCGAGUUGGGUCUCACCGAACUUGCGAACCAGAUUGGUGGUGUCUCACACGGAAGCAGUGCUCAAAAGCUGGUAUUCCUGGCUAGGAACCUGGGGGACGCUCAUAGGUUGACGGCCGCGGUUUCAUUCGGAGCCUUUGCCAUCAUCAUGGUAUUUAGGUAUCUCAAACAGCAACUGCAGCCUAGGUAUCACUGGGUGGCAUAUUUUCCCGACCGCUUCAUUGUGGUCGCUCUCUCGGCGGUUCUGGCUUGGGCAUAUUCCUGGGACAAACAAGGCCUUGACGUCCUUGGUGAAGUCAAGUCGUCUGGCGGAACAGCCAUUCCAUUCCACUGGCCUUUCCAGUUUCGACACGUGAAACAUUUCGACACGGCGUUGAGCACGGCUUUCCUGAUUGCAUUACUAGGCUUCUUCGAAUCUUCGGUCGCGGCCAAAAGCCUCGGAGAAGGAGGCCAAGUCAAGCACAUGACGCUCAGCGCCAACCGGGAAUUGAUUGCUUUGGGCACUGCGAACAUUGCCGGUGGCUUCUUCAUGGCUUUGCCUGCAUUCGGUGGUUAUGGUAGAAGCAAAGUGAACGCGUCGACCGGAGGCACUACGCCUAUGAGCAGCAUUCUCCUCAGUCUCAUCACCUUGAUAUGCGUACUCUUCGUCGUCCCCUAUUUCUACUACCUCCCCAAGGGCGUACUUUCGGCCAUGGUCUCGGUUGUCGCAUACUCUCUCAUCGAAGAAUGUCCUCAUGACAUCAAAUUUUUCUUCAAGAUCAGAGGCUGGACGGAGUUAUCGCUGAUGACCAUUAUCUUCGUGGCCACGGUCUUCUAUUCAUUGUCAGUUGGAAUGGCACUCGGCAUCGGCCUCUCGUUGCUGGCGUUGAUCCGCCAUGCCACAAAGCCCAGAAUCCAAAUUCUGGGCAAAGUGCCUGGGACUGCGAACCAGUUCGAAAAUGCCGAACUUACGCCGGAGAACAUAGAAUACAUCGAAGGCUGUUUGAUCGUCAAGAUCCCCGAACCGCUCACCUUCGCAAAUACGGGAGAAUUGAAAAAUCGACUCCGGCGACUAGAGCAGUACGGCACCAAUGCUGCCCAUCCUUCUCUACCGCGAGUGCGGCACGAGGAUAACAACCGCAAUAUCAUCUUUGAUGUGCACGGCGUCACCACAAUCGAUGGCUCCGGAACCCAAGUAUUCACUGAAAUCGUGGAAGAUUAUGUCAAACGUGGCAUUCGUGUUGUCUUUUGUCGGCUACCUCAGAGACGGAGUCAAGUCUACAAGAGUUUUGAGAGGAGCGGCAUUGUCGACUUGGUUGGCGGCACGAGACACUUUGUGGGCAGUGUCGAGGAAGCGUUGAGGCUGAGUGAGGCGGAGGAUCUGGAGGAGUAUUUCGACAACAGACUGAACGGACACGGAGAGCAUCAGCAUCAUUAG